GCACAUACACUUCCAGAAAUCAGUAUGGCUGCACACGACGACGAGGUGACUGGUGGGGCCGAGGUGACCUUGAGCGGAGGAUGCCACUGCGGAGCGCUCCGCUUCCGAAUUGCUGUGGAGCUGUCUGAGGAGGGGGGAGUGCCAGCUGCCGAGUGCAACUGCACCAUGUGCUCCAAGAAGGGCUUCCUCCACAUCAUCGUGCCCGAUGCGGUCAUGCAUCGAGAGGAAGAGGAGGGUGCUCUUGGGACGUACACUUUUAACACCCAUACUGCCAAGCACCACUUCUGCACCCGCUGUGGUACCUGCCCCUACUACGUUCCACGAUCUAACCCGGACGGCUGGUCUGUCAACGCCCGUUGCCUUGAUCUCUUCACCACCGGCAUCGACUUCUCCAAGCUCACCAUCACACGCAUCGAUGGCCAGAACUGGGAGUCGGCCGUCGGCGACUCGCUCGCCCAUCUCUCCCGCGUCCCUGCUGCCGCCUCCUCCUCAUCGACUUCGGCCGUCAUGGAUGACUCGGCCUGAUCCUGAUCCUGAUCCCCCCC